CGGCGUAACUGCUUCAUCCACUGUCUGAUCUAGUCUCUUGUUGAUUUCUUAACACAAAUUCUUUCCGAAGCAAUCGUACAGAAUGUCUGCACCUGCUCCAGGACAGAGAAUGCCCGGUUCCUUCGGCGAAUCCAAGCCGGCCACGCCGGAAGUGCAGGCCAUCGCUGACAAGGUGCGACCGGAAGUGGAGUCGCACAUCGGAGCCCUGAGCGAGUACGUCGCGGAGCAGUUCCGCACUCAAGUGGUCGCUGGCACCAACUACGCCAUCAAGGUGCGCGUCAGUGCCGGGCACUAUAUCCACAUCAAAGUGUACAAGCCUCUGGGCGACGCCGAGCCGACGCUCUCCGGCGUGGACAAGGACAAGACGGCCAGCGAUGCCCUCGACAAGAUCACUCCCACGCACUAAUUAAGCCGUCCCGAUCCCCGUUCCCGCCGGCAUUGACAUUGGCCGCUUGCAGCCAAUUACUACGCUAGCGCGCGCCGCUUCACUUGUCCAAUUCCCGCCAGCCAACGCGUCCCCAUUUCUAAGCACUGUGCGUGUACCGCUGUGUGCCUUUGUCCCAGUACUUACAUAAUAACUACCGCAAUGCUGCCGCUGUUUAUACGAGUGAUAUCGAUCUGAUCUAACUUAAUUUACCCCACUAGAGACGCCUGUGUCUUCACUUAUUCUGGAUGACAAAAUUAAGUCACUAUUAAAACAAAA